CCCUUGAUAUUUAUUCUAGUUUCUUUUCAAGAAGAUAAAAUGGAGGAAAUAUUAACUACUACACAACCAUCAAAUAAAAGUCAAGAGAAUCUUCAGACUAAGUUUGGUGAACUAUCUGUUAAGGAUGUAGAUCAACACACCGAUUUUGAAAUGAAGGAGAAUGUACAGGAGCACCACCAUGAACAAACAGGAAUUGACAGCAGGAAUAAUUUAGAACUGAGUGACCAUCAACAGGUUGCUGAUAGUACGGAUGAUGGAAAUGACCAAAGCUAUGCAAAGAGCGCCACUGGUUCUAGUGCUAUUGGAGAUAAAGCUGUUGUUUUGAACCAGGUUGAUUUUUUUUUCACCAGAAAUGAUCAAGUAAAGCUUGAUGAUGCAUUGUAUAUCGGUGGUUGCAGGUAUAUAUGUGCCAACCCUGAUCCCAAGGGGUUUGGAUAUGUGAGAUCGUAUCUGUACAAGAUCCAGGAAUUUCCAGGUAUUUUCAUCUUAAAGAUGAUUAAUGUCCAGCCUAAUGAACUAGAGAAGAAAAAACUUGCUGAUGGAGACCCAAAGAUAGUAAUGCCUACUUGUAGCACUUGUGGAAGGUGGUUCCCAAAGGCGUCCACUUGUUUACAGCACGUUAUACUCCAUACAUUCUGCAAAGUUCAAAAGUUAGAAGAACUCACACAAGAGAGAUUAGACAGCUACUGGACAAAGACAGAAACUUGGUUUAAUUGCAUAGUUGGCGAUUGCACAGAAGACCACGAUGAACUCGCACAAGCGCGUUGGCAUGCACUUAGUCAUGCAGAUCCAGGUAGUAAAAUUCGAAACUUGAUUCCAGUUCCAAAGCCAGAAUUCUUCAUGAAGAAAAUAAAUGAUUUGAUCCACUGUAUUGGUUGCAAUCGAGUGUUUGAGUCAUCUCGAGAUUUUGAGAACCAUUAUCUCAUUCAUUUAGGUGAUUUUCCAUUUGCUUGUAAAGUUUGUUAUAAGCCGUUCAACCAGAAAAGUAAGUUGGUUUACCAUUUCUGCUAUGAAUGUAAUGAACGCAAGAAGAAACAAAAUUUGGAGCCAUCCAAGUAGAACCCAUUUUCUAAAGAUUGGCAUCAAAUAGCACGUAGAGUCAGGAUUAUAUGAAUACCAUUUU